AUGGCGUCGCCGUACGCUGCGGCGAUCCCCUCGCCUCUGCCUGCCAACGACUACGCCGACUACCUCAUCCACCACACCAACAACCUCGCUCUCCCAGGCAUAGACACUGUCCCCUCGCUCCUCUCUCUCCUGUCCCUCUUCCCUUCUCCUUCCACACCCUCACCCACUUACCUGGCACUACGCUCGCCACUACCAGAGAAGAUCGUCAGUGAGCUACGGAGAUGCAGGGGCUACCUCAAGACAGAGUGGGAAGAGAUUGCUACUGGCAGGAUAAAGGCCCUCCUCUUCCUCGGCAGGGCAGCAGCCUGUAGGGAUGCACAGGAUCUCAAUGGGGAGAGGGAAGAGCUGCACAGGGCAUACGAAAGCUACGAAGCAGUAGUGGGAACAUUCCUUCGCCAGCUCACCUCGCUGCCGCAGACGACUUCGGCUCGGCCAUACCUCGCACUGCUGAUCAAAGUGCUGCUAGACUUGCGGGCACUGGCCCUGCUCGCAGACAAGGUACUACAGACUGCUGCCACUUCGUCGGCUACUUCUGUCUUGGCACCUGGCAGCAGUCAGCCACAACCGCAUCUCGAGGCGACGGCGAGACAGCUCAAUAAGGCAUUCACCGCCUGUGUGGCCGAUCGCAAUGCUGACAUUGAGCUCAGUAGGAAAUGGGCCACGUACAGGAUCGUAGCCAUCCUCUUCAGGACUUAUUUCAAGCUCAAGUCACUCCCUCUCUGUCGCAACAUCCUUCGGGCCCUCUCAGCUUCAGCCGACCUCCCACCCCUCUCCGCAUUCCCUCGAGCCGAUCGCGUCACCUUCCGUUACUACACGGGCAUGCUCCAUUUCCUAGGUCAAGAAUACCCAAAGGCCCUGACGGACCUCACCUACGCCUACGACAAUUGUCAUAGCGCUGCAAGGAACCAACAGGUACAGAUCCUCCUCCCCUUGAUCCCGCUGCAGCUCCUGCUGAGGGGUAGACUACCCAGUCCGCAACUCCUCGGGAGUGACAAGAGGCUACAAGCCCUCUAUGCGCCCUUUUGCGAUGCUAUUCGCGGUGAAGCAUCCUCCUCUGCCUCUUCCUCCUCCUCAACCGGUCCCUCCCUCUCCUCCUUCGAGGCGUACCUAGCCUCACCCCGCCUAGAGCGCAUCCUCGUGCAAAAGGGACUCUACCUCGCCAUCGAGGCCUUUCGUCCCAUUUUACUACGCUGUGUCCUCAAGCGACUCUGGGUGGUGCGAGAAAAGGCGACAAGGCUCAGCUUUGAAGAAGUGUAUAGGUCGCUCAAGUUUGCUGGGUGGAAGUCGUCAUCUUCUGACUCCUCGUUUGGGUUAGAGGAGAACGGCAAGAGUGGAGCAAGUGGAGGAGAUACUUUUGAGCAAUCUGCACCGGAGAUUGAGUGGCUCCUGGGAGGGCUGAUUGCCAAUGGCUACAUGAAGGGCUAUCUGAGUCAUGAGCGUCGCAUGCUCGUGCUGAGUAACACGAAUGCCUUCCCCCCGCUGAGGGAUGUUGCGCUGGGACCGGGGGCGGGGGGAAUUGUUGGUUAGGAGGAAGAGGAGGAGGAAGAGAUAGAGACAGGGGUGGAGUGCGGAGACUGGUACGCGAGAGGGAAGACCACCUUACCUUUCCCCACUCCGUUCCUACUCUAUCAUGUCAUCCUCUUCAUUUCAUACCACCUUGCCCUCAACACCUCCGCGUAGAUUCGCAAUCAGACGCGUAUUCGUUCAAAGCAGAUGUGAGUGAGUGUGAAACGAUGCAAAAUAUGGUAUGUAAGUAUUCGAGGUGAUGACAAGUGAUGCAAGAGAAGUUGAAGCAGUAGCGAGUAGCGAGUAGCGACGGUCAUCGCGAUGAGAGGUGCGCGAGUGGACACCAAGUGAGACUGGAACAAAGGGAUGAGGGGAGGGGAGCAUCGCCUUGCUCAAGUCCCACCGGCAGCGCUGCCCGUAGUAGCAAAGCUAUAGAUGUUGACCUGACUAUCAUCACUUCCACUAAUCACUUUAUCAUCUCCAAU